AUGGCGAUGAAGAGUGGAGAGAAGAUAACAGCAAGGAGAGCGGAGAGUGUUGACCUUGAUGUCGAUGUCGAUGGCGAUGGCGAUGGCGAUGUUGAUGUUGUUGAUGUUGUUGAUGAUGAUGAAGUUGACGUUGAUGAAGUGAAGUCGAGGAGCUUCUUGCUCUCGAUCUCUCUCUCUCCCUCUCUCUCUCUCGUACUCUGUGUUAUCGCUGUUAUUAUUAUUACCACUAUUUUACCCUUUGCUGCCAAAGUUUGGCCUCAAGCCACUGCUGACUGCUGA